CUGGUGGCGUCGACGAUACCUCGUGCAGCGGUCCAGCAGCUUGGGAACCCCAGGCACCUGAAGCGAGCCCGGGACGCUAAACAGAUUGCGAGGUUGCGACAACCGGUGACAUUGGACUUGGAGCGAUCAUUUUCAUUUUCUUCUCUUUGCUGUUUCGCGUACCCAUUACUUACUUCCAUUCAAGCCUCGCUCCACUUCGGCUGCGAGAUAUGGCGUUACCCGAAACAUCCCAGGCUUUUGCGCUGCCUUCACCCGCGGAGAGCGCCCCCGCUCCUCGUCGGACCGCUCUGCCAUCGAGGCCCAUGUCCUCUAGAGAAUCCGGCGACGUGCCACAAGCCGAUCAAAAACAAUCCGGGCCCGGUGCAAGGCCUUCACCAACCAUGUCACAUGCCUCGGCCGCAUCGUCGGCCCCUUCAAGUCCCACCAGUCGCAAAGCCGGAGGCUCAUCGAGCCAGACCAAGACAACCUCGGCCGGUAAUUUUGGACAGAGCGGCCAGGUUUGCAGUAAUUGUGGCACCACAUUCACGCCUCUCUGGCGGAGGUCACCUCAAGGCGAGAUAAUAUGCAACGCCUGCGGCUUGUAUCUCAAGACGAGGAAUGCUCCUCGUCCGAUCAACCUGAAGCGACCUCCUGCUGUUCCCGGAAACGGCUCUCGGCAGUCGCCCGUCAAGCUGUCCCCCAAAGCCCAGGUGCCGCUGCUGCCAAACGCGCCGGUAGCAAAGUAUGUCGCCGCCGAUCCAACGCCGUCGGGGUCAUGCCCGGGAGGUGGAAGGUGUAAUGGCACGGGCGGCGCUGAAGGAUGCAGCGGUUGCCCGGCAUACAACAACCGAGUCUCGAAGAGCGCUAGUUUGAGCGUUCGAAAGUGCCAGGGCGCAUCCAAAUCGGCAGCUGGCAACCCUGACGACGCAAAUUCGAUAGACAUCGCGGCAUUGCAGCUUCAGAACCAGAACCAGAACCCCACUGUGGUUAUUGCAUGUCAGAAUUGUGGGACAACGGUCACUCCGCUCUGGCGGAGGGACGAAGCUGGCCAUACCAUAUGCAACGCUUGUGGCCUAUACUAUAAACUUCAUGGCGUACAUCGGCCUGUUACAAUGAAGAAGUCCAUCAUAAAACGGAGGAAACGGGUGAUACCCGCAACGGGCGGCGCCCAAGAUCCGGAAGGAACGCCAAGUGAGCGUGCAGAUUCGCCGCCGUCAGAGUCCGAGAAGCCGAAAGAGAGAGGGUCGAUCAACCCCGACGGGUCUGUGAAUCUGGGACUCCGACGGCGGCAAGAGGCGCCUUUGACGCUUGUUCCGGAGACGGUGCUGAUGCAAAACCGGCAGACGUCUCCGUUACCAUCGACUGACCUAGAACAAUACCAUCAGAGCCAACAUCAUCAACAUCACCACCUCCCCGAAUCACUCACCAACGAAAACCGGCUGGCUCCCUUGACCUCUAUACCAAUGCCGCUUGACCGCCAGUCGUCCCUGUCACCCGCGUCCUUUCUCUCACCAUCAACGAAACGAUCGUUCUCUGCCGCCGAGAUGGAGUCCCAUACUCAGAGUGAGGGAGAUCAACCGAAGCGCCUUUCAUCCAUCAAAUCGAUCCUCAACCCCACGGUCACUAGCCCACCGCCCGAGGACCCUUCUGAGAAACAACAUCCUCUCUUUGUGACGCAAGGCAGCACAGCGGCUUCCACACCGAGCCCUGGGGCGUACCAAUCCGUCCACCAGACGCCGGCCCCACAACAGCUCCCGAGCCCACAGGGCGGUCCCGUCCGAGAAGGCGGGAGGAGCAAGGCUGAAAAGCGUGCAAUGUUGGAGCGGGAACGAGAGAUGAUGCGGGAACUGUUGGCGGCAAAGGAGAGGGAGCUUGCUGAAUUGGAGGAGUGACCAAUGCCGUGUUUCUUCUUUUCUUCAACCAAGUCAUCUCUGAGACCCCAUACCCUCUGCAGCUGCAGUCCUAAGCUCAACCUAGGCGUGAUUCAUUAGUGUCGAAUAUGAAACGAUUA